AUGCCAGAAGAAGCUGAUAUUACAGACCGUAAGAAUGUUGCUGCGAAGAGGUUUGCGGACGCUGUCCAUAGCAUUUCGGGGCCGUUUUCGUUUGUGUUUUAUGAUGCAUUCAACUCAAUGCUCUUCUUUAGCAGGGACUGCCUUGGAAGGAGAUCUCUCCUCCAGGGUCUCGAUGAUGCAGGUAACCUGAAGAUCUGCAGUGUUUGCGAUGGCACUCCCUCUGCGGGUUUCGAGGAAGUUGCUACAGACGGGGUGCAUAUGAUUGAUCUGGAGCAUGUCCUUGAACAGAAUGUGCUGUCUUCAGAACGUGUCACAGAAGAUGCACCUAGCAAUAAAUACAAUAUCAACACUCUUCCCUGGGAUUCUUCCCGCCUUAGAAACCCAAUCCCAGCAAUGAACAAAAGCAUUCCAGAAGGAGAAACCCCUCCGCUUACUGCUAACUCCCCCAUUGUUGGAGAACUUGAAGGAAGACUCCAUCAAUCUCUCCAGUUGAGAAUCCAAAACGUGCCCUGGCCCCCUAGCACCGGAGAUAAGAGCAACGUAAAAGUCGCGGUGCUAUUCUCGGGCGGCCUCGAUUGCACCAUACUAGCCAGACUUUCACACGAUAUUCUCCCAAUAGAGGAGACAAUUGACCUCCUCAACGUGGCUUUCGAAAAUCCGCGCGUGGCAGCUGCAGCUGCAGCUGCAGAAAAGGGAAAGGGAAAACCAGCAGUGAACUCAGUCUACGAAUCCUGUCCUGACCGUGUAACCGGUCGGGCAGCAUUCGCGGAACUCCAAAAGGUCUGUCCGGAUCGCAACUGGAGAUUCGUCACUAUUGACAUUCCAUAUGUUGAGACGAUUGCGCAACGAGAUAAAAUCAAACGCCUUAUGAGACCUCAUAACACAGAAAUGGACCUCUCCAUCGCCAGUGCAUUAUAUUUCGCUUCGCGCGGACAAGGAACCGCGAUCCAAACCCGUGAAGAUGAAAAUUCUAACCAGCCAACACCGUACUCCACUCCGGCCCGAGUUCUCCUGUCCGGUCUGGGAGCAGAUGAGCUCUUCGCCGGAUACGCUCGUCAUGAAAUGGCAUUCUCACGGAGAGGCUUUCAAGGCCUCAUCGACGAGAUCGAUCUGGACGUCAGCCGUCUCGGGAAACGGAAUCUUGGCCGAGACGACCGCAUCAUUUCUAACUGGUGUCGAGAAACAAGAUACCCAUACUUGGACGAAGAGUUCGUAUCUUGGGUUGUCAGGGCUCCCGUCUGGGAAAAAUGCGGGUUCGGGGCCUCAACCCCCUCCACAUUAACAAAACCAUCGGACACUCCAUCUGAACGAACAGCGGAAGAAAAACAAGAACAAGACAUCGAACCAGGCAAAAAAGCCCUCCGUCUACUCGCUCUCAAACUGGGUCUAAACAAGGUAUCUCGCGAAAAGAAACGAGCCAUCCAGUUCGGUUCCAGAACGGCCAAAAUGGAGAGAGGCAAAGCAAGGGGAACCGAAAUUUUAAACUAA